CAGAUGUCGGCCCGUAAGGACCCGUCCUCGGUGAGGAUCCGGGAGGUUCUGCUGGAGAUGAGGCGGUACCGGAUGGGUUUGAUCCAGACAGCCGAUCAGCUCCGGUUCUCCUACCUCGCCGUCAUCGAGGGCGCCAAAUACAUCGGAGGGGACACCAGUCUGCAGGAGUCGUGGAAGGAGCUUUCUAAGGAGGAAGGCGAGCCUCCUGAGUUCACCCCUCCUCCUCCUCCCCCCCCCAGAGACCCUCCCGUCGACCAGGUGGAGUUUGGCUUCUUCCCCGAACACCAAGAGGUCCUCAUGCAGGCGCAGACACGCCGCCUGGGGUCCUCUCAGGAGCCGGAGCUGAAGAGGAGGAACCUGGCUGCUCCUCUCCCUCCUCCUCCUCCUGCUGACGUCCUGAUGGAGGAUCCUCCGUCUCCUGCUCCUCCAAAACCCCCUCGACAGCAACAGCAUCUGGACGAGGAGAAACUGGAGAAGGAGAAGAUGGAGGAGAAGAAACUGGAGAAGGAGAAGAUGGAGGAGAAGAAACUGGAGAAGAUGGAGGAGAAGAAGCAGGAGAGUUUUGAGGGGCCGUUAGACCCCCCUAAAGACCCCCAAAGUCCUGGUUCUUGGCCCCUCCUCACCAACGUGUGCCUGGUCUCAUUUCUGGCAGUCGGAGCGUACGUCUGCUACAGAGCCUGCUUCCACUGAGGAGAUCAAACCUCAAACCUACAUUUGGGGGAAGAAUUCCAUUCAUUUCAAGUUUUUCAUCGUGAAAUCUGGAAAAUAUAAAUUAUUUGAUCCUGAAAUCUGGAAAAAACGUUGAAAAUAUAAUUUAUUUCAACGUUUUUGAUUUAAAAAUACAAUCAAAUUACAACAUUUCAAACUAAAAACAAG